UCCUUCCUUGCUUUAUAGUUUCCUUCCUUGCUUUAUAGUAGUCAAGACACAGGUUAGGGCAACACAUCACCCAGACUCUGGGGAAGCUAGCCUCAGUGAAGCUUCAGUCGCCCUUAAGAACUACAACAACAAGAUGAAUAAUAUGGAGGCUGGGGCAUCCCACCAUGGUCAUUUUACUCUUCCAACAUCAUGGUCUCCCCAAGAUUUCACAGGGAAGCAGCGUGUAGUGGUGGUGGCUAUCUUUGGCAAGAGCACCAUGGACUCGGGAGGAUGUAAAGCUACAGCACUUGAAUUAAUGGUAGGCCGAAAAAUAUUCCAACGGAAUAUGAUUCAGCCAUUAUCUAUUGACUUCGACACUAUGAUUGGAGUGGAAGGUUAUUAUAACCCAGUUCGAAGAACCAUCUACUUGCACUUAACUGGAGCCUAUGACACCUCGACCUUGAUAUCUUCCCUAGAGGCAAUGCACCAACAGCUUCAAGACAAAGGGUUCUUGAUGGCAUGGUCGAGCCUAAAGCUGGGAUAUGCUCGAAGUCUCCUGGUACUGUUUUCUGUGUCUCAUUUGCUACUACUGUGUCACCCAACUCAUGUUUUCGACAUAAGUUAUAUUCAUCUCUUUCGGACACUUGAUGCAAUCAGAUCUAAAGCACAAAACUGCCUCGCUGAGGUACUAAGACAAGUUCCCGGAAUCAGCAAGGACUGGGUUUCGUUUGGUCGUUUGUGUUCCCCUCGUGUUCUGUUCAUCUUCUCUUCUCGGUUGUUACCCAUUCAGAUAACAUCUCAUGAUAAUGCUUCUGUGCAAAGGACAACGGUUAAUAGAACCUCUAGAAAUUCCACUGUACCAAGCCCCCUUCGCAAUUUGGAACUUGCCCUUGAGGAUCAGAUUUAUCGACUUCUCCGGAAGAGCAGAGUCAUUACCAAUAUCAGUGCCAAUUCAUUGUUUGCUUUACCUAACAAUCAAGCAUAUGUUUACAUAAUGGAGGAAAACCAAGAGGAGAUACCAGCAUCAUCCCUCAUCAAUAACACACUCCACAAACUCUGCUCUUCUCAGGAUGGCAUUAUUAGUGAUCUUUCUCAGCUGACCCUAGGAUCAAGUAACAAAAGUAUAAACACUGAAGGUGGAAGCAUUCGAGGAGGCAGGGGCAUGGGCAGUGUACUUUCUUCUCGCACUGGAUGGGAAUCCCCAGCAUCUCAGUCGAUACUCUCAGAUACUUCCAGUGCAGAUGCUUUAAGUGCAUCCAUUUUGGCUGGAGUGGCUACAGAACGAAAACGAAAUUUAGAGCACAGCUUCAACGUGUUCCUGCAGCAACAUAUUGAUCAAGCAUUAGGGAAAGGAUUUGAUGACAAUGUUGGAAGACAUUCUGGCCCAAUAUUUUUCCAGGUACCCCGGGCUGGUGUUUGGUUUGACGCUGUCAAUAGAGUGUACAAGUUCUUCAUGGGAGAGCCCUCUGAGAAAGACACAAAAGUAAAGCAGAUUUUGGGUAGUUUGCAAAAUCUAGUAGAGACUGAAGUUCGUUUUAGUGAUGCUCGAUGUGCCAAAGCAUUGCCAUUAGCAAUAUCUGCAUAUAAAGAUGGUCUUCCUCCUCACUAUACUCAGAUGCAUCAUCAAGAAAAGCUGGAUUUGGCUCUGAAUGUGCUAAGUGCACAAGCUCGUGGGCCGAUGUACGAGGACUAUGUAACUCAGUUAGAGGAAGCUUGUGAACGGAUUUGGCAAGAUGGCCGGAUGGGUUGUGAGACAUUAUCUCUCACAGGCAACACUUGCAAACAUCCAAGACACCGAACUCCUAAUGAUCCAGAUGAUGACAGCUCACUGCCUGUUAUGACCCACAAUUCUGGCGUAGUUUACAUCAGUUUUUGUAAUUGUGGACGGCGGCAAGGCCAGCGUGAAGACUCUUUCUCCGUUAAAACUGCGAACCACACUUUCUAUCAGCAGUUGGCAGAGUCUUGCUGUUCUCGACUCGAAUCUUUACAUUUCCCAACAUUCAAACCAAGUGUCACCAAUGCUAAAGCUGCAAAAGUGGAUGGGUCCGAAGAUAAUGAAAUGGAAAUUGAGGGUCCCAGUGCAGUGAGUCGAGACAGUCGUGAGCAAAUAGACUCUGGAACGCCUCACUCUCCAGGUCUCAGUUUAGUUGGAACUGGUCUUAGUGGGAGUAUGAACAAUGCCACAGGAACAGUUGCAACACGCAUGACAGGGGAACAAAGUCACAUGGGUUCCCAGGUUGUCAUUACCCUUACAAAAGAUGAUACCAAGGCCAUCACUAAAGAUCGUGGGAUAAUCCGGCAAGCCUCAACAACAGAGUACCUACCAGGGAUGCUUCACACAGCCUCUCCUCCUGGAUUGCUUCCGCGAUGGUCAUCCUGGUCUUUGUGUUGCCUUGGUCCUUCAUCACUAUAUUCUCAUAAUGCUGGAAUCUGUGAACAACCAGGUUUCUUGCCAGGCACUAAUUUUCUCCUGCCAUGGGAUGUUACUAUUAAAAUAGAAGACAGAGACAAGUGGCCAGCCAUUGCGGAUACCCUCGGUAAAAAAGCACUGCUUCUCAAAAAUAAGAAAAAUAGAGUGGGAGAUAUCCACGAAUUUAGCGUGAAGAUAUUUCUUGGGGUGGAAUAUGAAUGUGUGAGAGGACACAGGUUCAUGAUGGCUACGCCUGACCGUCACCUCAAGGCCUCUCCAUCAGGCUUAGUCAAAGACAAUGCAACAAAGAUUGCCAAUGCUGACAUGCCACUUUACUUCCCAUGUCCAUGCAGCCGAGGUGGUGGUCAACUGAUGCGUCUUCAUGUGGUAACACCCAAAGCCCCAGUAAAUGUAACCUUGAGCCCUCAAGUACAGCCUGGUCCAGACCCCUGCCCUCGCUACAUUCCUCAGCCAUGCAGCUCUCUACCAGUCAAGCUCUCCGCAUCGGCUUACUGGGUUCUUCGUCUUCCAUACGUGUAUGUUGGGGACCAAGGGCCCCAUUACCCACCUGAUCCCAGACACCAAACACCACCAUCAUUUGCUCGCCUACAUAAAGGAUGCUAUGGAAUAUCACAAGUAACGUUGGACAGAUAAUCAUUUGUUUCUAUUAAUUCCACUUGUGUCUCAAAUAGAUUUGUUUCAGCAAGAGCUUGUAAUUUUUUUGGACUAAGUUUAUACAGUAAAGGUCCAAUAAAACAGAUUAAUAGGGGGA